UGGUAUAACUGAUGGUGAUUAUAAAACAGAAUGGAAUAGUGUAUUCGAGAUUGAGUAUUUGGAUAUGCUUGAUAAAAUUGAAUUCGAAUACGCAAACGCUUAUUUGGAGUAUAAAGAAAACAAAUCGAAACUUACAAAUGGAUUUGAAAAGAAAGCUAUAAGUAAACCGAAGCUUGUAAUAGACGAAGUUAAAAUUAAAAACGACACAGAAACAUUAGUAGAUAAAAUUUUUCAAAAAGAUAAGAUAGAAAUAAUAUUAAAAAGUAAGAAACAUAUGAAAGAUCUUUUAAAACCUAUACAUGUAUUGGGAUCGAAUGAUUAUUACUUAAAGGUAUACGUAGAUGAUGUUUUUGUAUGCCAAUCAGAACUGUUAACGGUAAAAGAUUUUAUAAACAGUAUGGAAAUAUCGGAAACAUUUUCAAUUCAAAUAUUACCAAAUAAUAAAAUACUUACUAUCGUUUUGUAUGAGAAUGAUAUUCAAGUUUCAUGUAUAGAUUUAAACAUUGGAAAAAUUAAAAAGAAUAUAACACAAGCGGAUGUUAAACCGUUUAAUUUUAACUUUACUAGUGACGUAAUACAUCCAAGUAAUAAAUACGUAGGCAGUGGUUUUGGUAUAAAAGAAAUAGCAACAGAAAACAAUGUGAGAUUGAAGAGUGGGAAUUUAUUUAAAGGUAAAUUGAACACAGCUUGCGAUGUUAACAUUAAAAUAGGUUGGAAUGAAAAUUUUCACGCAAAUAGUCACGAAACUGUCUUAAAAUCAAUUAAAAUGGAAAAACAAAUUAAACGAUAUUUAAAUGGCACUGAUAAACCAGAUAUUAAUAACUUAAUACAAAUCAUAAAUAAUUUAUUCGAUCGCAAUAUAGAAAAUGAUGAAAAAGUUGUAAAUACUUUAACAAAGGUAUGUAAAACUAAAAUAAAGAACGAGUACGGGUUUUCUAUUGAAAAUAAUGAUGAAGAUAUAAGACAUGAAUUAUUACAUUUAAGAAAUAAAGGUGGAUUUAUUAACGUUGAAAAGAAAUUGGUACCUCUAUUCCCUAGUCAAAUCUCGACAGAACAAACUAGCGCUUUACAGAAAACCAACCGACUGAUAGAUAUACAUAACUUUGAUGAGAAUGAAGACAUAGAUAUUAUAGAUUUACAAAGAUAUUUAGGUCUAAAGUACAUGCAAGGGUUAAAUGAUAAUUUACAAAGAACCGUUAAUGAAUUUCUACUGCAGAAAACACAUCGAGAUGUAGUCAAGGAUUUUAAAGAUCUAAGUUUAAGGGGUAUCUUAUCGAAUCAAACUAAUUUGAUCUCAUUGUCCAUAUUCUCUCAUGUAACGAGAAAUCAGUUAUUGAAGGAAUGUGAAUCGACGGAACACGAAAUCCAAGUGACAGUAUUGAGAGCUUUCAAUCUACCAGACAGAACUGCUGAUAUGACAGAAGAUAACGAAGAUACAGAAACGAUUGCAGGAUUCAAAUUAAGUCCGUUACGACCGUACGUGAGUUUGAGUUACCACGGUACGUCAGCGCAGAGCGCGCCAGGCAUUGGCUGCUACCCCUCCUGGAACCAGACAUUGAAGAUUCGGACAAAAUUCAGUCCGUUGUCGUCGAUCCACGUGAAUGUGUACGACGAGUGCAAAGUGAGCUCGAGGUCGCUGCAGGCGGCUGGCGGCGGACAGAAGCGCUGCGGCCGCUGGCUCGCCAAGCUAGUGUUGCCACUUACCACGGUAUUAAACGUAGGCACGCUCCGUGGCACAUUUAAAUUAACAUCACCGCCAUUGCUAAUCGGCUACGAGAAUUCAUCGACGAAGGAGGCGACGACUUUAAUACCACAAGUCAAGAGAAUGUUAAAGAAGAAUAUUUCAUUCCUCACACUACAUGUUACUACAAGUUUGUCGCAUCUCGGCAAUGUACAAACGUACACACAACCGAUACCAAAUGUCUCCAAUGAUGAUCGGACAAUCAAGCAGCUAAAUGAUUUCCUUACCAGUUAUUUAAACGAUUUCCCUUCUAGAAGCAUCUCUCUAACGUAUGUAGAUAGUUCAGGUAAAAAUAAAUGUGUCACGGAAUUUCUACAACCUAUACCGAUACCGGAUUCUGAAUGGUUUCCGAAGAAUGCGAAAAGACCGGAAUCUGCGCUAUCUAAAAGCUCAGGUCAUUCGAAAAGUUCUACAAAAAGUAGCGGAAAGACUAAUGAAGAAAAAGACACUGUUUACAGUGGUUUUGAUACGAGCUGGAGAAGUGAAGAUAGUCAGUUGUCGAAAGCAUUGAAUUUCUCCAUCAGAUACGUAGCGUUGAUACCGACGUACGAAGUGUCAGGACCUCAAGUAGUCACGUUGAUUGGUUCGGAAUUGCUUCGAGUCCUCAAUGGUUCUCCGACAGAUCACACGAUACUCCUUGCUGGUUACUUCCUUCAUCUGGGCAUUAAGUGCUGGAUAGUAACAGGUGUGGGGUUGCCCCGCGGCUUCACCACAUACCUGCUGCUCAAAUACGACCUCAUCACAAGUAAAUAUAUAACACAGGAAGACCAAGUUUAUAACAGAGGAUUCUUUAAAAAGAGCGACGAUUUCGUAUGGCAUGUAUUUGAUGCGGUUAGCGGCGAACAAUUUGAAUUGAGAGAUAUCGCUUGUCCUCUCAAGACAGUGUUCUUUGUGUAUGAUGAACAGAAUAUAUGGGUCAACAUUCAGUCUUCGCAAGACUGCCAGAGUGUUUCAUUUGAUUUUUCCAAAUCAUCUGAUUGGCGACAGGUAUUUGCCACCCCGCGCCAGUGUGCCAGUGAGCCAGUGUCAGUGACGGAGCUGUACCGCGCGCCGGCGUACGUGUCCGGGCUAGAGGACUCGCUGGAGGCUAAGAUAAUGAGCAAGGUGCAGAAAUGGCGACCUCGUGCUAAAACCGUUUGGAACAGAUACUGCUGCGCGUUGUUACGGGAGACGUUGCCGCUGUGGGAGUAUUGGUCCUUCGACACUUCGGACCGCAGACCGGAGCCGGGACACAGAUUGAAACAACUAACGGCUACUUACAAGAUGUUCGGUUUCCCUUUGAAUAUGCACUACAUCAAUACGAAGUCAGUGUUAGCGAACGUAAAGGCGACAGCUUUUCAUGUCAACGACGACCCUAAUGUAGAAUUCGCGGUCGCCGUGCAGAUGUACGCUUACCCUAAUAACGUGAUCAGUGUGUGGGUUUACUUGGCUAGUAUUAUAAGAAUAUAA